CGCCGCCCACACGACGAAGCUCAGGAAGCUUGCGUUGUCGGCCAACGUUUUAUGUGAACUGGGGUUGUUUGACUAAACUCAACCCGAAAACUAUUGUGCCGGUUGGUCGGUAUUAAUUGAGUAGCCUACUUUUUAUGUUUAGAAAUAAACUUAAACGCGAAUCUGACACGAUGAUCAAGAACGGCCAUCACGGCGCUAGUGUUAGCGAGGAGUCAGUGUCAAAUCCAGCAGUCACCGCCUCCGGUACUGAAAAAAGAAAGCGUAUAGUCCAGUUGUGGUGCGAUGGUUGUUAUGACAUGGUUCACUACGGCCAUUCUAACCAGCUGAGGCAAGCUAAAGCCAUGGGAGAUUACCUUAUAGUGGGGGUGCACACUGAUCGAGAGAUUGCAAAGCAUAAAGGGCCUCCAGUUUUCACACAAGCUGAACGGUAUAAGAUCGUGCGUGCGAUCAAAUGGGUAGAUGAAAUUGUAGAGGGGGCACCCUACGUUACCACCUUGGAGACCCUGGACAAGUACAACUGUGACUUCUGUGUACAUGGAGAUGAUAUCACACUGACUGUGGAUGGGAAGGACACAUAUGAAGAAGUAAAGAAGAUGGGUAGAUAUAAAGAAUGUAAACGAACCCAGGGUGUGUCUACAACAGAUCUGGUGGGACGUAUGCUUUUGAUGACUAAAGCACAUCACAGUAACAUGGAUAAUUCAGAUUAUCAACAGCACACUGACAACUUCGGAAAGGGUCCUAAAGGCCACAGUCCAUGGACAGGUGUGUCACAGUUUCUGCAGACAUCCCAGAAAAUCAUUCAGUUUGCUUCUGGGAAAGAGCCACAACUGGGAGACACAAUCAUAUAUGUGGCUGGAGCAUUUGAUCUCUUCCACAUCGGUCAUGUUGACUUCUUGGAAACAGUAUACAAGCAGGCAGAAAGACCAUAUGUCAUUGUGGGGUUACACUUUGACCAGGAAGUGAAUCGCUAUAAAGGAAAGAAUUAUCCCAUCAUGAAUAUUCAUGAAAGAACUUUGAGCGUGCUGGCUUGCAGGUAUGUGUCUGAGGUUGUGAUUGGAGCGCCAUAUGCGGUGGGGAAAGACUUGCUGGAUCAUUUCAAGGUGGACCUUGUAUGUCAUGGGAAGACUGAGGUGUUUCCUGAUAAAGACUCCUCUGAUCCUUAUGCUGAGCCAAAAAAAAGGGGAAUUUUCCGGACAGUUGACAGUGGCAAUGGCUUAACUACAGAUGAUAUUGUUCAGAGAAUAAUUGAAAACAGGCUCCAAUUUGAGGCUCGAAACCAGAAGAAGGAAGCUAAAGAAAUGGCAGUGAUUGAGGCCAUGCGUCGCAAAGAAGAGGAAGAGCAAACACAGGGUGCAGUCCAGGCUGAUGUACUUUAGUUAACGAAUGUUUAUGCUUCAACAAGACCAAGCCAGACCCGCACGAGGGAAACCAAGCCACAGACUCCACAAUAUCUGCAUCAGUUGCUCAAUAUUUCAGCCUUUGGCAAACAUCUAUACUCAGUUGUAGUGCAGACAUAUGUGAGUGAGUCUUAGACCACUAUUGGAUUUAUUGUUUUAAAUAUGACCACAUAUAUUUAUUCUUAUUCUCAUUAGAGUACAGCCUUAAGAUACAGCAAAUAUGUAUACAGUAUUUUAAUAUAUGUAUUUCUUUGGGGGAAGGGGAGCUUUUUAUGCCUUUAGUGACAGAGUGACUGGAAGUGAAUGGGAGAGAGAGUAGGGGUGGGAUCCGGAAAGGACCACAGGGCGGGAAUCGGACUCGGGUCGCCGGCGCACGGUGCAGGUGCCCCAGCCAGUAAAAGAUCAGCUAAGGCCAUACAGUAAUAAGAAGCACAACAUAUGACCUUUGUCUUAGACAACCAAUACAUUUGUUGUUUUAGCAUUGUUGAUUCUGGCCAUGAUACAUUGGUGUCCGGGAAGGAGAUGACAAAUACCUCAUCAGUUAGCUACAGCUGGACAAGCUCAUUGCUCAGGUGCAUUAUGAAGUGCACAGUCAUAGAUUCAUAUUCAAAGCGUGUCGCCUACAUUUUUUUGUGGGUGUUUUUAAGUACUGUUUACAUAUCUGUGUAUGUGGUUGUAUUCUAAUGAAGACAAUGGUAUAUAUGUGGUCUUUUUGUGAAACUGAUCAAACGAAACAUAACAUGUAAGGUGGUCUAACACUUGAAUAGUUCUACAUGCCCCAUUAACUGUCCACGCUUUCAGGUAAUUUUGUUUGAAUAAAUAUAUAGAUUUUAAAUGUCAAAUUUCAUGAUUUUUAUAAGCUAAACUUUUACUAUUAUGUUUUCAUGUAGAAUACAUGAAUGUUUCUGAAUGAAUGCCUAAAAACACUGACUAACCCCAACAAUAUUAAAUCACAAAUUGUUGGGUGUGUGAUACGCUUGUAUCAAAGGUUAUACUGCUUCUUUAUUAUAGUCUAUGCAUAAUAGUAAAGAAAUUUCAUUUAAUGUCUGAUUAAAUAUUAAAAUGCAACAGGUAAAUAAUAAGGGAAUGGAAUAAAAUCAUAAUGUUACUGGCAAGUUUAUUUAACAUUUUUAUUGGUCUGGCACAUUGUCAUUUCCAUGUCUUGGGACAUGAUAUAAUGAAAAGUUCAUGCGCAACUUCAUGUGUGGAAUGAAGCACACAUUUAGGGGCAGAUGUACUAACGCUUUUGCGCCCACUUUGGGCGUAUUUGUUUCGCAAUGUGCGCAUAUAAAGAUGGCAAGGUAUGUACAAACAAGCCGCAAUGAGGUGAAGACGCAGACUGCCUGUCGCGGGAGCUGAGAAUGGCAAAUUGCGCUUUUCUGUCUCAUGCAUAUGCAUAUCAGAUGAGAGUGGGAGGUUUGUGUAAAAAGAUGGGAGGAGAAGCGUAGAAUGCGCCUAAUUAUGUAUUCCCCGGCAUGUACUAAAACUGCCCAUGAAAGCGCACGUCUAUUUUGCGCCUAAAUGCGCCCAAAUGCGGUUUGCUGUUAAAUGCAUCUUUAAGAGAAUCUUUCAAAGACAACAGAAUCGCUUAUUAGACCACCUGUUUUGCAUCUUUGUACUAUAUCAAAAGCAACCUUAACUUUCGUUGGCCUUUCGAACGUCUUACUUUCACGCCAUUCGCUUACUUUCCUCCUUGCUAGAUUUGAAAAAUCUUCCAUAGCCUACGUGCACAAGUAAUCCUAGUUUGAGUAGAACAACUGCUCUAAAUUAUUUUUCUGCUUGUUGACAUUAUGCAUUGUAUUAUUUCAUGAUCGCUAAACGUUGGAUUCCUUUUAAUGUUGUCAUCAGUUAACUUCAUUCAACUGCGCUUCUGAUUGAAGUGUCGUUCAGUUGUUGUCCGUUAGGGGGCGGAGAACGGCGCAGAUUACCCAACAAAUAUCAGGUUUGGUAAAUAGGACGUAAACUGAAGUAUCAUAGCGUGUGCUUUCUGCGUGUUGGCCUUGGCGCAAACAACGUUCCGAUCGCUAAUCUACGUACAUCUGGCCCUGAGUGUUUGACCUCAACCUCCUGCCCAUGAUACUGGACCUGUUGUGAAGUUUAGACACUUGAAAAAAAGUCAGAGGAUGCAUAGGGGAGAGUGGGACGGUUGAAACAUUGGGUAGCUGACAUCCAGGCUUAUUGCUCCGGUCUGGAAUGGCCUGCAGUACUAUUUAUACAGUACAUGCUAAACUGUUUCCAUGAAGCAAGAACCAAGUGUUUUUUUUUUUUGUUGCAAAAGUUUAGUAGGGCUACAUGCUAAUCAAGUUCCAACCAACCAUGUGGCCCCGGCGUUUCGUUGAUAUCGUUGACCAAAAAUUCAGGAAGUAGAUGUGUGUGUGUGAGUGUGUGUGUGUGUGUGGGGGGGGGGGGAAUUGCUUUGUCAGUUAGCAUUGUGCUAGUUGCCCUGCCUUUAAAACCGUAGUCCUUAAAACCAAGGUUUUGCCGUUUAACACAGCUGAGCCUGAAGCUGGGUGUGAUUUCUGUGUAACAACUCACACAGGAUCAGCUGAUUCCUACUAACUCAGGUGAAACUGCCUAGAAACCGGAAGUAUACUCUGAUUUCAAGUUUUACCCCAGCAGAUGCUGUCUUAACUUCAUAGUGGACGCAUUUCAGGAUCUUAGGGGUAUAUUUUUUAUGACUGCUGUGGCUAAAUAAAUGUAUUGUGUGCUAUAAUUAUCUAAAACACUUGUGUAAAGUCAAUUUUAAUAAAACACAAAUAAUGUUGAAAUAUA